GCUCAUGCUUAUCGUCAUAACAGGUGUUGAAAGACAAUCUGAGACCUAGAAGAAGUGUUAUUCGCGCAAUAAAGUUGAAGUACAAGUAGUAACCUCUUCUAGAAAAAUGAGUACUAAGACUAAGUAGAGUAUGUUCAACUAAUUUAGAUAAAAACAUCAUUAAUAUUAUCAACUCAUCAAGAGACUGACCAUGUCGCACAAUCCUUCGUUUAAUCCUGCUGGUAGCACUGGUCCAACGAUAUCAGACCGGUUGCAGAAGCGCCAGCAACAUGGGAUCACGAUGGAGGAGUUUCAGGCACGUGCCUACAAACAGCACACGCAAGGCGAAGCCGCGAUGUCAGAAUGGGAAAACCAAAACUACCAAAAGAGUCUAGCUGCUUCACGAGCGCUGAGAAUGAGACAACAGGAGAAAGAGGAUAGGAAUGCAGCGGCAGCGAGUAGAAUUAAGGGUAGGUUAAAGGUGCUUUUGUUACCGUUUGUUAUGGCUCUCCUAAGGGGGACGGCCAUAACAAACGGGAUUAUAAACGAACACCAAAAGCCUACCGCUAAUAAAAGCGGAGGCGCUGCUUCAAGUAGAAGCGGAGGAGACCGAGAUAAAAGUGCUGCUCAACAUAGUUCCCGAGGAGAGACGAAGAAGGAAUCGAAGAAGGAGAAGAAGAGCAAAAAAGACGAUAAGAAGUCCUCUAAGAAGACUAAGAAAAGCAAUGAUAAGAAGAAACGGAGCAAGGAUAAAAAGAAGAAGCGAAGGAAAAAGAAAAGCUCCUCAUCUAGUAGCGAUUCAGACUCAGAUAGUUCGUCUGGAAGUGAUAGUGCUAAAAAGAAGAAGACCGAAGAUGGAUGGAAAAUCUCAAACUUCCUAAACAAAAGCCAAUCAGACAGUGAUGAAGCUUCGAUAUGA